CCUCCUCAUCCUCCUCCUCCUCCUCCUGCCGCGCUGAGGGGCCGCACCCCCGGCGCUGCCCGGCCUGAGGAGGCGGCUCCGGCCCCAUGGAGUGCUACUACAUUGUCAUCAGCUCCGCGCACCUCAGCAACGGGCACUUUCGCAACAUCAAGGGAGUUUUCCGCGGCCCGCUCAGCAAGAACGGGAACAAAACUCUGGAUUAUGCUGAGAAGAAAAACACGAUAGCAAAAGCUCUGGAAGAUCUUAAAGCCAACUUCUACUGUGAACUCUGUGACAAGCAGUACUAUAAACACCAGGAGUUUGACAAUCACAUUAACUCUUAUGAUCAUGCUCACAAACAGAGGCUGAAGGAACUGAAACAGAGGGAGUUUGCUCGGAAUGUAGCAUCUAAAUCACGGAAAGAUGAAAGAAAACAGGAGAAAGCCCUCCAACGUUUGCACAAGCUAGCUGAGCUGAGGAAAGAGAGAACGUGUGCUCCUGGAAGUGGCCCUAUGUUCAAAUCCACUACAGUGACUGUGCAGGAUGACUGCAAUGAUGUCCCCAAAAGUGCUGCCAUAGAUUCUGCCAAAAGCCAGGAUUUCAGCUGUACGUUAAUGCACGAUGCACAGAACUGCAAAGACAUUGCUUCUGUUGUUUCUUCCGCCCCUGGAGAUGCAGGGAGUCAUCAAUCCGACCCUAACAAAUGUGGAGAUCAGCUCCAAGGAGCUCAAGGACACAGAGUUGGGUUCUCCUUUGCUUUUCCUAAGAAAGCAGCAGUCAAACUGGAGUCUUCAGCUGCCGUUUUCUAUGAGUUUAAUGAGGAGACCUCCGUGGAGCAUGGAUUCAGCAGAAAGAGCAGGUUUGUCCCAGGAACAUGUAACCUUCAGUCUCCUUCAGCAGCAGAAAUAGUUGUAUGCCCUGAGGAGAAACACAACUGUUUUCACCCACUGGGGGAAAAAUGCACAGACACAGCAGAAGCUCCUGAAGCUCCGGAGUCAAAAGAGCUGUCCAGGGAGGAGAGCAGGGCGCUGGAGAGCCCAGCUGUGCCUCCUGCCAUGUCCCACAGCAAGCAGCUGGUGUCCUCAGACACGGAUGGCCACGGUGUGGAUGUUGGUGUGGCCAGCUCAGGGGACCAAACCCUGCCCCUGGCUGCAGACAGCGCUCAGGUCCUGCCCCUGGAUGGCAGCGGGCACGAGCUGCAGGCAAAUGGAGCUGCCCUGCAGGAACUGCUGGAGGAUUGCUCCUCUCUGCAGGAUGGUGCAGAGGAAAACUCUAACGGCAGGAACAGUGAUCCAUCUGAGGCUGAAACUGAAAUAAAAAACCUGGGGGCAGAUGCAGCAGUUCCAUCACCAUCUGAAGAAGGGAGUGGAGCCCCAAAAAGCAAACCGGACAUACACAAGAGACCCUGCCAACCCUUUGUUCCUGUUCUUAGCAAAUAUGGAUCAAAUAUUCUUCAGUGGCCAUCAGAAAUGUUAAUUUACACUAGUACUGACCCAUCCAUUUCUUAUAGCUGUAAUCCUUUAUAUUUUGAUUUUAAGUCAUCAAGAGCAAGUGAAAGCCAAGAAAAGCCCAAGCAUCAACCAAACAUACCUCAUUUGCACCAUAAAACUGAAUCUAACCAUAUCUUGGUCUCAGAUUUUACAAAAAGACCUACUUCAGAGUGUGGUGAUUAUGAAGUAGAAGUGGAUAAAAAUGUGUGCAACUAUACAAUACCCCUGUUAAGUGAUGUUUCCCUCUUCAGAAGUUGUGACCUUGCAAAAAAUCAAAACAAAGUGUCCUUGGAUGAGUCAUUCAGGAUUAGAAAAAUAGAAAAGUAUCACAUAUCUCAUAAUCCCUUACGACAAAACACUGUGAUAGAUGAGAAAUAUAACAAAGUCUGGAUCAAAGAAUGCCAUGAAAAAUGGCUUCACAAAAACAGAAAACGGAAAAGGAGAAGAAAAUUGUGUCGUUGUCAUUAUCAUCACUGCGGAGACACAACAGUAGCAGAAAUGGAGAUGUCUCCAGUAGCUGAAAAAGAAGUUACUUACAGAGAUGAAAAUAAAUAUCAGCACCUCCAAAAUAAUGCAGAGAAGUGCAGACAUGACACAGGCAAUAUCUGGUUAGCUGCAGGUGAGGUGCAGCAGUCGCAGCCAAAAUUUGGCAUCGAAAACGGCCCUAAGAGAGUCGUGUCUGCAUCAGAUCACAUACACUGGGACAGAGGCUGGUGUCACCUCUGGGGUGCAAAGAGCAGUGGGCAGCACCAUGGCUGUAAAGGACCGCACAGAAGGAGCAGGGCGAGCUCCCGGAGGCAGGCGAAGCAGCUGAGCUCCAGGAGGCACAGCCUCAGGCACUCCAAAACCUGCUGUGGCUGGAAAGUCAGCAGGCCCAGCUGCAGCCCAGAGCAUAAAUGUUUGGGACAGGGCAGCGAGGAGAAGGGGCCGAGUCCCAACCAGCCCAUCAAGAGAGGUUACAGUGUGGUGACAGAAGAGCCCGAGAAGCCGCACCGCAAGCGGAGGCAGCACACCUAUUCCUGCUCCUCCUCCUCGGAUGAAAGCUCGUGGGGACAGGCACUGCCAGCACAGGAAUAUCUAAGGCAAGGACAUGCUCUGGGUGCCUAUCACAAGGCAAAAGGGAAACGAAGGAAAAGGAAGACUAGAAUCCGUCAUGUCUUCCUCGACAGGAAUGCAAAAAGCGAGACCUCUGAAUCUUCCAAAGAAAGUUCUGCGAAUUCUGCGUUAAAUGUUUCGGGGGACUCACAGAGCCAAGACAAUCUAGAGGGAACUCAUGGAGCUCCCAGAGAUGAGGAUGGUGCAAAAGAGAGGGUUGAAACCAUGGAGCUGGAGGAAGACAAGCCGCCUGCAGAGUCUGCUGGCGCAGAGGUGCAGGGGGAUGACAAACCAGCGUGUGCCGAGAUGGAGAGCGCACCGGCCGUGCUUCCCGAUGCCAUCACAGCCUCUGCCGCUCCUGCCCCCGAGCACAGCGCUGGCACACAGGGCGUCCCGCAGGAGGGACAGAAAAAGGAAAACGCCAACACCCGUGAAAACCCAGCCCGUUACAAAGCUCCGGUCCCCAGCAGGCACUUGGACCAAACUCCUCCCAAAUCCUAUCUCUGCCACUACGAGCUGGCCGAGCCCCUCCCGCCCGACAAGGCGGGCGAGCUGGCCGGCGAGUGGGUGCCGUGCAGCCCGGUGUUCGGCGGCGCCCUGCCCUUCAAGGACGCGCCCCUCCGCACGCACACCUUCCUGAGCGCCGAGCAGCUCCGAGCCCCCUUCCCCCUGCCCGAGCCCACGCUGCUCUUCCCGGACCCCCCGGACAAGUUCAAGGAGCUGCCCUCGGACGGCUUCCCGCAGGUGCCGCAGGUGGCCAAGCUGAAGCUGGCGUUCGCCCCGCCGGGCUCGCUGCCGCCGCCGCUGCGCUCCGCCUCGGUGACCACCAUCCAGCACACGGUGCUGCAGCAGCACGGCGCGGCGCUCAAGGUGCUGCAGCCGCCGCAGCAGUUCGUGUCGCAGGUGCCGGCGCUGUGCCGGGCCCCGCUGGCCCAGCUGGGGCUGUGUCCGGCCGCGCUGGUGCCGCCGCCGCUGCCGCUGCUGCCGCCCUCGGUGCUGCCGCCCGCGCCGCUCGCCUUCCCCGCGCUGCCGCACUUCCCCUCGCUGCUGGCCCCCGCCGUCAUCCCCCUGCAGCCGCUCUUCUAGGCGCACACGGCGGGGACAGCCCCCAGCCGCACCCCCCGAGCUUUCCUGCGAGCUGGGAUGGGUAAACUUCCCUUUGCUGUAAGUAUAACCGUGCGACAAAACAGCCGGACCUAUACCAAGCACUGAAUGGACUGAUCCUGAUUCCAGACUAUAUAUAUAUGUGAAAAUCAUGUCUUAGAAUAUGUAUAAUGUACAUAAAAUAUAUUUAUAGUUCUAUAACUUAUGUUGUAAAGUAUUUACUUUUUGGGUUUUUUUUUUAAUCUUUGUGUAUUUGCACCUAUUUAAUGUUUAGACAAAGCCGAUGCACUAUGUUUUGUACUAUGUUCUCUGAAACUGUAAAUCUAGUGACAAACUAUCUCUUGCAAUAAAUUUUUGUUAACUACUCAAGUAUAUAAAAAAAUCUUUCGUUAUAAGCCUCAUGGACGUUGUUCUUCCAUGUCCUCCUGCAGCUGAAGAGCAUCCUCUGCCCCUCUAUGUUGGGAUAACCAGGUUUCCUACACGUCACUGAUUUAUCAGGGAGGCUCAGAGGCCAAUUCCUUGAGGGCAGCUGUCUCACCGAGCCGGAGAGAAAGGGUAACAGAUGUGUAUUGAUGUCACCAUGACAAAUUCUGCCCACUUGUACUCUGUGCACACACUGCUGACUGGAGGAGCUGAUCCCUCUUUUGCUAAACCACAGCAAGGCAAGGGAACAAAUAUAAUGCUGGUGAUGGAAGGGGAAGAAAGGCUGAUACUGGCAGCAGUUUGGCUUUGAGGGAAUAUUGCUUAUAGUGGAAGGGCAGAGCCUUGGUUCCACUGAGCAGUUUCUCUGGUGGCUCACAGAUCUGUUGGAGCUGCUGGGCAGGGUGUGAACACAGGAGCAUGAAGGGGAGGUCAGGAAACCCACCAGGAUUUGAUACAAAUUCUUACCUCACUUCACCCCCCUACUUCCUGCAGCAUUUCACUAAAGAAAUAGAACACAGAGUAGAGAUUAAUUAAAGUAAUAAUUAAUACUGCCAUUGUUUCUAAUUGUGUUUUCAGAGACUUCUCCCUACCUCUGCAGCCUUGUCAUUGCUGUCAGACCUCACCCAGCUUUAGCUGGUGAAAUCUCCUCAUUUACUUUAGCAUGAGGUAUAUCAGACCCAUAUCUGCAUCUGCAACAGUCCAGAAUAAAAGCAGAAGUCAUUCUGAGACAGAGCCAUCCCUUUGAGUUAAAAUGAGGUGUUACCAUGUGAGUCAAGCCAAGGAUUUGCAGCAUGAAGGUUAGUGCUAGAAGUAGGCCCUCCAUAAUGAAAGGUAGGUAGGCUCUCCCAAUUAAUUACUUUUCUCCUUUUUAUAUACUAUAAUAAAAUCAUAUAAAGUUGAACUGAAAGAAUAGUGAAUUUUAAGAAUUAUUAAUAUACAUUAAUAGCUACAGACAUUAACCAUUUGCAGAGUAAUGCUAUAUCUGAACAACAUAUAUAUCUGGAUCUCAUUUUCUGCAUCAAUAGCAUUAGAACUUACCUGAUAUUGCAAGUUUUACUAUAGUAUUACAUUAAAACUAUGGCAAACAGCAUCUUGCCACUAUGAUUACAGAGUCCUCUGCUCGAGGGACGCAAGUUUCCCAUGUUGUGUGGUUGCAGAGGGCUAAACUGUGUUAAUUAGCAAAAAGUUGGUAAGAAAGAGCAGGUUCUGGAGAGUGCCCAGAUCCCCUGCCUGGGGCUGCAGCAGGGAGUGGGAGUCUCUGAGCACCCACCCCUGGGAUGCCAGAAGGAAGAUAAAUUUUCUCUAGUUCUGGCUUCAGGUGGAUGCCCAUUUCUAUUCUUGUGGUCCCUAAAAAAUACAGGAUUAAGUGACUUUAUACUCUUUUAUUUCAAGAGUGUGCAUAAGGUGUUUGCCUCCACUACCUCCUGAGCAUGGGAAUCUCUGCUGGAAGGGGGAGGGUUGUCCUGGCUCCCUUGGGUGAUGUGUCCUGGCUCCUGCCCUUCUGCCCUCCUCUGUGGCAGGCAGCACACACAGUGCCCUGGGUUCUGAUGGCCCCUCAAGGACAAAAUCCAUCUCACCACAGAGCAGAAAAAGAGGAGAAAGAAUCCACAUAGGACCAAUACAGUUGCACGUUCUGGCAGAAUUAAAAUAGCCAAUUUAAAAUUUUCAGUUGCAAUGUUCAUUGAAAAAUCACAUCUAUGAACUUGGAAGUCCACCUUUUUUUUUUUCACCAAAAUGUUCCAACAGCUUUGAAUUCUUCUUUUUCCUUACAAUUUAAAUUAUUUUAGGUUGUUAAACAGUUUUAAGACAUUGCACAAUUCUUUAUUAUCUACUGUAAUUGCUGUUCAAUAGUGUACAAACUAUUUAAAAUAAAAGACUAAUAACCAUAAAAUGUAAUAAUUUUCUAAUAUGGUAUUGCCUUUAAUGCUAGAACUGUUUGUAUAUGUGAACUUCAUAUGUAAAAGCAAAAGCAGUAUAAAAAUAAAUCAUAAGUUAAGUUUCAAAUUGAACACACUAAAUUAAAUUACUUAAUGAACUAUUCUUUUGAGUUUCUGUUUUAUUAUUAAAUACUUAAGUUCUAGUAAGUUAUAGAAGGGUAGCUCUUUUGUAUACUUUUUCUGGUAUUUUAGAUUAAAUGUGUAUUUUUAUUCCAUAAAUUGGUAGUCAAAUUUAAAAACAAAAACUAUUUCAAGUGCUAAACUAUUGAAUUUUUAUAAUUUUAAAUAAAUUCUACCCAAUUCCUUAAAUCUAACUUCUGAAUUUCCAAAUUUGCGCAGAUCUAGUGUGUCUAUGCUCCUGGCCACUUUGCCAAAUUUAGAAUUUACUGGGAUUUCUUCCUAGUGCAAGCAGUAAGUUUUUCUCCCAAAGGGCAAGAAUCAGAAGAAUUGGGACCUAGCCCUAAGUGAGGAUAGAGAAUUUAUUAAGUGAUUUCCCAGCUUUGCAGAGAAGCGCCUGGAAAAGCACUCUGUUCCAUUGGGAUGAGAAGAAUAUCUUUAUUUUGGUCCUUAGGAAGUCACCCAGCCUGACCUUCCUGGGGGUGUUCCAUUUCUCAGGUAAUGUGAGCCAUGAAAGAAUGGUCCAGAGGAGCUCUGGGGCAUUGAGGAAUGAAACUGUUACCUUGUGAGGGGCAGUCUGGAAUAACUGGGCUCUAGUCUUGUGUCUCUUGUGUCUGUAAGUACACAGAAUUUUUAAAAUGUUACCAGGAUAUGCCAAGGAUCAGAUCGUUAAUUUGGUUUCCUGCACGAGCUGUUAAUUGCUGGGGAGUACUCACCACGUUUCAGAUUCUGAGUGAGCAGUGGAUUGUUCAUGGAGAAACUGCAGGUCACAGACAUUGGUAAAAGAAACACUUUGUGCGAGGGGUUAUUGAGUGAGAAUGAUUUUACCCUUCAGUUUAAUCAAACAACAGUGAGAUGCUUAUGAAGCAAGGUCUUCUUUACCCAAAAUGUUAACUUUUUAUUAGUUUGUCACUUGUAAAAGAGUCCUUUGGGUAUGGUGUUGAAACAAAGCUUUAAAAGGCUAUUGGAACAUCCAAUUCUCUUUAUUCCUGUACAUGAUGAUGUGCUGCUAAUACAACAGAUCACAUGGCUAUACUUUUUCUGACAAGUUUAUUUUCUGUAACUGUGGUUUUCCCUCAAAAUACAUGUUUUCCAUUAUGAUAAUAUUUACUUGAUAUGCUGCACUUAAAAUACAGCUUUAAAUAUAUUUGUUCAGACUCUUCCUUGGUGUAAAUUUAUGUACAGCUUCUGGCUUUGGUUUGUAACCACCAAAAAUCACUCAUGCUGCAAUGCCAAGGGUUUUUUUAACUCCCCCAGAUUAAGGCAAUACAUUUUGACCAUGUGAAUGUAUUCUGAAGACAGCUCCUUGUUUGUAAGUAAGGUGGUAAAUUUGAAUCUGAUGGGCGUUUUGCUGUGGUGCUCAGAGUCAUGUCCUAAACUCCAUACAUUCAUUUUCUGCUCUCCAAUUACUGUACAUUGCCUAAGGGCUUGUGUAUGUGCACACAUUUAUGCAAUAUGCCUGCCAGUUGUAAAAUAUUCCAGUGCUAUAUUAACUCUCUUUAUUGAAAGUAAAGACAUUUUUCUGUAUAAAGAUCAUUGGAUGUUUUUAAAUUAACCUGGCUGACUAUCUGAAUGUGUGUGUCAUUUCAUAGAUCACUUUGAUUUACUACUUGCAGCAGGCAUGGUUUUGUACAUUAUGUCCUCCCUUCUCCUCUUUACUUCAGGAGCAUUAUAAAGUUUUCUCUUUUUCUAAGAUAUCAGAGUUUAUGGGAAAUCUGCCCAUUUAUGAAAAUGAACCAGGCUAUGGUAUUACUUUCAUCUGCAAUAAUUAGUGCACCAACUUUAUUAAUUAUGAGACAUCUUGUUUUUGCUUCAAGCUUCUGUUUUAUUUUAUGGGUAUUAUAAAAGGUUGGGAGAAUUUCUACCCUUAGUCUAAAUUUUGACCUGUUGGUGAAUUUCUGAAACCAGUGGAGUCUAAGGAAGCUUUGCCAUUAGUGUUACUGAGGAUUUAUUUUGACCUGGAGCAUUAGACCUCUUUAUUUAUUAAAACUGCUUAAUACUUGCUGCUUUCAGUUGAAUAAUAAUUUCAUAAGGUGUGAUGAGGAGCACAGUCCAGUAAAGGAAAAUGAAUCCAUUUUUAAUCAGUCUUCUACCUCCUUUGUUGUCAAGCUGUUUAUAUAAUUAAUGACCAUAAAGUUGUAUCUUUAAAAUUUCUGUUCUGUAUCAUCAGUGCUUUGAAACAUGGACAUGCACCUUCUAGUCUAAUACCAAAGAGAAAACCAGUUCAUUGGAAUAUUGAUUUCUACCUGCACAGGCUCACUUAGAAAUUUUAAUAAGUAGAACUACAUUAAUACAAUGUGCAGGUGACAUAAUGUACCAGUAGUCUUUUUUUUUUGCUGGAAUAAGAUCAAAAUGUGCAAAUCCUUGUAGAGAAAAACAUUAGUAAGCUUCAAAUGUGAACCCAGGAUGAAUACAGCAUUAUUUAUGAGAAUUAAAGAUGGUUACUCUUAAAUCAGAA